GAUUUCUUGUUCAGAAACUAUGUUUAGAACAUUAUUAUUCUGUUUAUUGAUCUAGAGGAAAGAAUGUUUUGGAAUCUGAUGCCUUUUACCACCAGAGACUUCUCCAUUCGGUCCCUGGCCGACCGCCUGGGGGACCUGGAUUACCUUAUCUACGUGUUCCCCGACCGGCCAAAAGAUGAAGUAUACUCCAAAUAUUACACGCCAGUUCCAUGCGAGCCUGCCACUGCCAAAGCAGUGGACGGAUACGUGAAGCCACAGAUCAAGCAAGUGGUCCCUGAGUUUGUGACUUCUGCAGACUCUGCUGGGGGCAGUGCCACCUACAUGGACCAGGCCCCCUCCCCGGCUAUGGGUCCCCAGGCUCAUUACAACAUGUACCCACAGAACCCUGACCCCGUCCUUGACACCGACGGGGACUUCGAUCUGGACGACACGAUGGACGUGGCGCGCCGCGUGGAGGAACUCUUGGGCCGACCUAUGGACACUCAGUGGAUCCCUCAUGCGCAGUCGUGACCUCCAUCGCCUCCGUCAGAGUCUCGGCCCUCGUGAGAGGAGUUCUUCUUGUGGAUAUUUUAAUUCCAUGAAUCGCUUCUCCCUGGAAACAAUACUCAUAAUGUGAAGUGUUAAUGCUAGUAGUGACUUUAGUGUUUCUGUGCAUGGUGGCCCCAGUGCAGGGAGCGUGUGUGUGUGUGUGUGUGUGCGUGUGUGUGUGUCCGUGUGUCCGUGUGUGUUCCUCCCCCUUGCUGUCCAGACAGAGGCCGUGGUUGUUUGAACCUUGUGCACAAAGGCAGUUGGCUCCACGCGCCCUGGCACAUGGCCGUGUGUCUUGAGGUGCCUGGACUUCGACGUGUGGCUGUUCAAGUAAGAGAAGGACGCGGGGAGGAGAAAGCACCUCCUCUCUGGCGAGUCUUUGUCACUGUGUGUGCCAGGCAAUUGUGCUGUAGCCAUGAUUGUCUCUCCUUUUCUUCUGCAAUGUGGAAACCGCCUCCUGACAAAGAAUGCCAGUCCGCCGUCCGCCCCCCACCCCAUUUUCCCGGGUAGGGAUGGGGAAAGGGGGCAACUUAGGAGGAUUGUUGGGGCAAAGGGAGCCAGAGGUCUUCGGAGGGGUAGUGGCUUUUGUAAAUAACAUGUAACCCGUCUUCGUGUUUUCUCCGUCCCUCCUGCCCUCCCUGGCUGCGUCCCUCUCUCCUCCUCUCACUCAGUUCCUCUGUGUGCGCACACGUGCAGAUGAGCUAGAGGGCAGAAGAGAGGGUCACGCCACUGAAGCUUACAGUGUUGGUGUCCUUUGUGUCGCGGCCAGAGUGGAAUGCCCAGCCCUGACCCGCAGGCGCCGAGAGCAUCACCUCGUCGCCCAGGGAAGCUGCCGUCCCAUCUGCCCAUCCUCCCUCCGCGCUGGGAGGCUGACCGACGCCAGCUCUUCGCAAAUGUCGGACAGUGUUUUUGCUUCUAACUUGGGACUUCUUGUUUUCCUCUCCCCACCUCAUCUGACAUUGAAGUUCUCUCGUCCUGUGUCAGGUCCUGUGCCAUUCCUACCCAGGUCACCUCAUUUCCCUUCACUGAUCGUGCGCGAUGUCUCGGGGAGUGGGCGGCAGGAGUGCGGCCCGAACCCAAGGCCAGCAUGUCCAGCAGGUGUUGUUGCCCACCUGGUGCAGGGUGCUGGGGGUCAGGCAUGGGGAGUUUGGGGAAAUGCAGUCGGCAGGUUUGUGGGAAGUUUAGUAAGCUGCAGAAAGAAAAAGGCUCAAGGAUAAUUUUGUCCAUAGUUUCUUCCGUGGCUCCACGCCAGAAGGAAGGAAUGGGCUAUGGCAUGCAGGUGGGAAGAGAGGGGAGCAGGUAUAGUUUUCAGGUUAGGCCUACAAGGUCGCCCCUGGCCCCCUCUCCGAAAGGAUAUGACGAGGCCCAAGAAAUAAUGGCCCUAAAAACCGUAUUUUUAUAUGUGUGAGUAAAUAAACAUAUUUUUUUUACAAAAACUAACUUCUGAACUUACCAGUGUUUUGAUGUUAAAGGAACCUAUUUCUCUGUAGUAAAUUAUUUAUUGGAAAAUGACUUUUUAAAAGCUGCUGUUUGCGCUGGCUUGGUUUCAUACACUGAUUUAUUUUUCUAUGCCAGGCAGUAGACUCUCUCUGCCUCUGAGGCGCAGGCCGACCCCUCCGUGGAUACCAGCGUUGAUGUAGGAUGCUGCUAAGCCCCUUGCGUACCCCUCAGGAUUCAAUUAAAAUCCUCCCUGUGAGGACGGGAGUGUUGGGGAAAGGUGUAAGGAAACCUAACCCAGUCUCGAAGAGCCCUCACCUGCCUGUCACUCAGGCUUCACCAACGCCUGCCUCAAGAGGGACGCCCUCAUUGUCCCAGCUGGGGGGACGAGAGUGGGGGGGUAUCGACCCGCUGGGAAGUGGGCCCAGCCCUGGGGCAUGGCAAGGUCUAGCGCUCACCUCACAGCUGCCAGUGGGGUUGAGGAGACAGGUGCCCAAUGUGGGGCUCCUUCCAGAGCUUGUACAGUCGCUGAGCUGUCCUCAGUUUUCCCGAGAACUGUGCCUGUCGAUGGGAGAGAUUUUCGACGGAAAGGCGCGCUCGCUAUCUGCACUGUACUUUCUCUCUUCUCCCCGUUCCUGCAAACCAGAGGAGGCCGCGGGAAGCCCGGACCGCCCCGGCCUCUGGCUCGCUCCCAGGCACACACAGAGUCAUCAGCGUCCCAGCUCCACGUGUGCGGCGUGCAGGGUUUUGUGGGGGUGGCGGGGAGACAAAGUGAAUAUAACUUAACGUGGAAGUAUACUUUUUAUAACUUUUCUUUUUAAAACUUUGUGAAAUUAUUUCAGAUACAUAUUUUAGUGUCGAGGCCAAAUAGCAUUAGCCAGCAAGAAAAAAGUAUUGUGUACAAUUCUCCUUGGGCCAAUCACAAAAUAAUGUAUUUUAUGUUACAAUAAAGCCUUCCUCUGAAGGGGCAA